UCCGAAGAAGAAGCAGUCUUACUACGGCAGCAAGUGACGAAGAUUUUCGCCUCAGGUGGUUUCCACCUGCGGAAGUGGGCAUCAAACAGUGCAGCAGUACUCCAGGACAUCCCGGCUGAGGAUAUAGAAAUGCAGCUACCCAUCGAACUCAACGACACUCGCACCAUCAAGGCUCUUGGCAUACACUGGCAGCCGUGCAGCGACGUAUUCCAGUUCUCCAGCUCAACGCACAAGAUCUUUCAGCCCACAAAGCGGACCAUGCUUUCGCAAAUCGCCAGCAUUUUCGACCCCCUAGGCUUACUAGCCGCGAUAGUCAUCAAAGCGAAAAUGGUCAUGCAGCAACUGUGGGAGCUGAAGGUGGACUGGGACGAAACACCCCCCGGGUACCACGUCGAGUGAUUGGCAUGCGUCAAGCCUCUCGCGUCUAUUUGCACGGCUACAGUGAUGCAUCCGAGCGAGCCAUGGGAGCUUGCCUCUACAUUCGGGCCAUCGGUGAUUGCGGCAAUACAUCAUCGCACUUGCUGUGUGCGAAAUCCAAGACGGCACCGAUUGGGAAUGGACGAACAACAUUACCCCGCUUGGAGUUGUGUGUGGCGGUAACCCUGUCCCGACUGAUAGCGAAUGUGAUGAAGGCAAAUCCUAUACAUUUCCAUGAGGUGCGGGAUUUUUCGGAUUCAACUGUUGCAUUGGCAUGGAUUCACGGAGGAGCUUCAAGGUGGAAAACAUUUGUUGCCAACCGAGUGGCAGAAAUCACUACGAUCCUACCUGCAAUCAAUUGGCAUCAUGUAGAUACACACAGCAACCCAGCCGAUGUAAUCUCACGUGGUGCUCUGCCAGAGCAAUUGAUCAACAAUUCCCUUUGGUGGCAUGGACCAGGCUGGAUCGAGUCACUCAACACCGGCGAAGUUACACUCACUUGUGCUCUUGACGCCACUCAACAACGACAAGUGGAAAGGGAGCAACGAUCGACUGCCGUGGCGUGUUUGGUUGUGUACGAAACGCCUAGCACCGAAUCCCCCCUUCUCUAUCACCGGCAUUGAUUAUGCUGGGCCUAUUAACAUCAUCAAUCGGCGUACACGUGGUGCUACAUCUAGCAAAGGCUACAUAGCACUUUUCGUGUGCUUUUGCACCCGUGUCGUGCAUCUUGAAGCUGUGUCGGACCUCAGUACAUCUGCCUUCAUUGCUGCAUUCACCCGUUUUAGCAGCCGAUACGGAUUGCCGAGCAGAAUUCACUCGGACAACGCUACCAACUUUCGGGGAGCAGGCCGAAAGUUCCGUGAAUUAUACCAACACAUCAACGAAACCGAACGGAACGAUCAAGUGACCGACUUCUUCUCCAACAAAGGAAUUGAGUGGAAGUUCAUUCCUGCGCGAUCCCCACAUCACGGGGGCCUCUGGGAGGCAGGCGUGAAGGUGGCGAAAACUUUCUUGAGCAAAAUCGGUGGUGAUGCUCGUUUCACAUUCGAAGAACUGAGUACCGUUCUCGCACAAGUUUCGGCUUGUAUGAACUCUCGACCGAUUUCUCCACUCUCUAAUGACCCGAAAGACCCUCAACCUCUCACACCAGCCCAUUUUCUCAUCAGUCGACCACUACAUUCGGUGCCAGAGAUCAAUCAGUUAAAACGCCAUAUCAGUUCCCUCAGCAGAUGGGAGUUCGUUCAACGGCUCGAUAAUGGGCCGCAUUAUCGACACUUUCCUUGGAACCGAUGGCCACGUCAGGGAGGUGGACGUCAAGACUGCCAAUGGUGCCACGCGGCGAGAUGUACAACGACUUCGGCGCAUCCCGUUAGAAGAUGACGAGUACGUGCCAGGACGGAAUGGAGCGGAAAUUCCCAAACGCAAUUUGGUGGGCGGUUU